UUCUCUUCCCAGAAUGUUCUCUCCCAGCCUUUCCCGAGGCCUGCGGCUGCUGCUGCUGCUACUGCUGCAACCAGACUGUUCUGUUUCUCAGGAUACCAUCAACUUUUCCCAAAACUUUCUCCAUCAUUAGAUCCUUCCACUAGAUUCCUCACACUGACCUGCAAGAUCUCUUGGCACAGGGUAUUUAUUUUUGAAAAUGAUAUUGGACAAGGCAAUCACUCCUGAAGAGGUAACUACUUCUCUCAUCAUUUCGGUGAUAGUUUUUGUUUUUGUGAGAGCCCUCAUGAGUAAGCGGAGAAGGCAGCUAUCUCCUCCUGGCCCGUGGUCCUUCCCCCUCAUAGGAAAUCUUCUUCAGCUUGGAGACCAUCCUUUCCUGACAUUCACAGAGAUGAGGAAGAAAUAUGGCGACGUCUUUCUCAUCAAACUUGGCGUGGUGCCCGUCGUGGUGGUGAAUGGAAUGGAAAUGGUGAAGCAUGUACUCCUGAAGGAUGGAGAGCAUUUUGCAGGCAGACCUAACAUGCAUACGUUUUCUUUUCUGGCAGAAGGGAAGAGUUUUUCAUUUUCAGUCAAUUAUGGAGAGAGUUGGAAACUUCAUAAGAAAAUAGCGUCCAGUGCUUUAAGAACUUUUUCUAAAGCAGAAGCAAAAUCCUCCACCUGCUCUUGCUUGCUUGAGGAACAGGUCAUCGAGGAAGUUUCUGAGCUGGUGCAAGUCUUUGCAGAGUUGACUUCGAAGAAGGGUAGCUUUGAUCCCAGAAAUGCCAUCACAUGUGCAGUGGCCAAUGUUGUCUGUGCCCUUUGCUUUGGCAAGAGGUAUGACCAUAGUGAUGAGGAGUUUAUUAGGAUAGUUAAAACUAAUGAUGAUUUACUCAAGGCUUCCAGUGUAGCUAAUCCCGCCGAUUUCAUACCAUGUUUUCGCUACCUUCCACUGCGGAUUAUAAAUGCUCCUCGAGUGUUUUAUCGGGCCCUGAAUGAGUUUAUUACACUACACGUACAAGAUCAUCUUACUACGUAUGAUAAGGACCAUAUGCGAGACAUUACUGAUGCUCUGAUUAAUACAUGCCAUAAAAAAUAUGCCACUACCAAAACAGCCACCUUAAAUGACGAUGAAAUCAUAAGCACUGUGAAUGACAUCUUUGGAGCUGGGUUUGAAACUGUAUCAACAUGCCUGUACUGGAGCUUUCUUUAUUUGAUACACUACCCAGAAAUUCAAGCCAGAAUUCAAGAAGAAAUUGAUGGAAACAUUGGUCUAAAGCCACCCAGAUUUGAGGACAGGAAAAUGUUACCCUACACAGAAGCUUUCAUAAAUGAAGUGUUCAGACAUGCCUCCUUUAUUCCUUUUACUAUUCCACAUUGUACCACAGCAGACACUACUCUGAAUGGCUAUUUCAUUCCCAAGAAUACGUGCAUCUUUAUUAACAUGUAUCAAGUAAAUCAUGAUGAUGUUCGGACUGAACAGAACCAGGGAUACCCCUUCUUCCAGCCUCCACAUUUUAUCUGCUCACCACCUUCCGAACCACCUCUGAGACCAGCCAACACAGCGUUGUGUUUUGUUUUUCUACCUUAACUCCUGAUUGCCGAACAAACAUGAGCUCCCAAAUUCGUCAGAAUUACUCCACCCAGCUGAAGGCUGCAGUCAGCCAUCUGGCCAUCCUGCACCUGCGGGCUGCGAACACCUACCUCUCUCUGGGCUUCUAUUUCCCCGUGAAGAUGUGGCUCUGGAGGGCGAGUUGGUGGAGAAGAAGCGCGAGGGCGCUGAGCUUCUCUUAAAGUUGCAAAAAGCGCGGUGGCCGCAUUCUCUCCCAGGACCUGCUGAAGCCUCCCCAGGAUGAGUGCGCAGAACUCAGGACGCCGUGGAAGCCGCCCUGGCCUUGGAGAGGAACGGAACCAGGCCCUUUUGGAGCUGCAGGCCCUGGUUCUACCCGCGCAGACCCUCAGCUCUGUGGCUUCCUGGAGAACCACUUCCGGGUGAGGAGGUGAAACUCAUAAAGAAGAUGGGAGACACCUGACUCACCUCCGCAGGCUGGCGGCCCCCAGGCUGGGCGGGGCGGGGCGGGUAUCUCUUCGAAAGGCUCCCCCUCAAGCGGACUAGGAGCCUGUGGAGCCCAGAGGCCUUUGAGGGGCCCCUCUGCAUCCCCCUGGGUCUGGCUUUUACCUGAGCCUCUCCCCGAAACUACCAGCCAUUCUUUGAGCCUCCCUGGAGCCCUCUCCCAUGCAUUGGACCAAAUGAAACAAUAAAGCUUUUUGCAGCAAAAAGAAAGAAAAGAAAAAAGAAAAAAUACUCUGACUUUUACAAUAUAAUUCUCAUAAACAUUUGUCUAAAACAAGCACUUUAUGAUAUGAAGACAGAUUAAAGAUAAGAAAAAAGAGAUCCAUGACAGAUCAUGUCUUUACCUUGCAAAAAUAUAAGUAUAAAAUAAUGCCUGAAUUUUUAAAAUUUUAAUUAGAAAUAUGUUUAUUGAUUAAGAAAGGCAAUAAAAGGUCAUGAACACACAAACACAACUAUUGCUAACCUCUGAAAAUGUAUUAAAGCCAACUUUUGACAAGUCUUAGGAAGUUUUUAAUACAGUUGCAAGCUUAUAGUUAAAACAAUAAUGGUUGCCGAAACCGGUUUGGCUCAGUGGAUAGAGCGUCAGCCUGCGGACUGAAAGGUCCUAGGUUCGAUUCCGGUCAAGGGCAUGUACCUGGGUUGCGGGCACAUCCCCAGUAGGA